CCAAAAUUGCUGUUCUGGAACGGCUAUAGUUUUGGUUCAGAAACGGUUUUAAGCCCUUUCUGAUGCAAAACGGUUUCGAACCGUACUCGAGUACAGAGAUGGGGCACAUUUCUAAACACUUAAUUAAGAUCAGGCCCACCAUGAUGUUUACGAGAGAUUUAUACCGUGCAUUUGUUCUGAGAGAUCAUUUUAGAACAUUAGGAUAAGAUUGAGUUGGAUCGAAAAUUCAAGUAGGCCGCACGGAAAGAAAUGAGGGGAUUGGGUGACCACCGUUUAAAACAUUCGUACGGCCACCAAGUUGAUUAGGCCAGGAGAAAAAGGCUCUCUGCAGCAGCAGUUGUCUCAGAGCCCUUCCUUCUUCUUCAGAGCAAAAAAAGAAAAAGAAAAAUCAUCUCCAGCAUCUAGAAAUUUAAAAAUAAUAAAUAUAAUGCUUGAAGAAUCACUGCCGUCCAUCUGGGAUUCCAUGCACAGCUGGUUCAUCCCUACCGUCCUCUUCAUCAUCAUCAACGUCGUUAUCGGCACCAUUUCCUUCUCUUCCUCCCAAAAGGAAGAAAAGAACCCCAAACCCCAGCUCGCCCGCACCUCCUCCGUUUUAGAAAGGCUCAGAUCCUUCAAUCUCUACCGUUUGAAAGCGGAAGAAAUCCCUCCCGUUGGCAUGCCCCCCAUCGUUACCCCCAAAUGAUCAUCAUCACCCACCACCGGUUCCGUUAAUCCGGUUAGGCUUUCGGCGGCAGCAGCGUUGGGCGUGGUCAGAAAUCUCAGAUUUUGAGCACAGCUGUCCAAUCCAUUGAUCACCGGCCUGAAAAUAUGAAAUCUCUGGGUUUUUUUUCGGUCUGAUUCUUCAAUUCCAUUGCAGAAAAUGAGCAGUAGGAAGGAAGAGGAGCAGAACGAGAAGAUUAUCAAAGGUUUGAUGAAACUUCCUCCGAAUCAGAGAUGCAUCAACUGCAAUAGCCUGGUGUUCUGCAAAUUGGAUGGUUUAGUGGAGGAGAUCCAAUCAUUGCAGCCACCAGUGGAUUUGUGGAGGAAGUUUGUAUACUAUACUUCUCUAUCAGGUUACAGUCUUGGGACAGUAGAUCAUAUGCAACCGCAAGAUUUUGAACGAGUAGUCAGCCCAGUUUCUGUUGCACACUUCUCACAGUACAAGCUUACCAGAUUGCUGCUCUAGCAGCUAGAAAAACUAAACUUUCAUGUUUAUACCUGUGAUGGGUCACAAGUCCCAAAUAAAGGUUCCACAUGGGAAAGGGAGAUUUUGAUGGGUCAUGAAUGCAUAUCAAUUGAUCGCAUUGCUCAUGGUGUCAUGGUAGGUGCUUCCUUUCUCAAGGGAAAAAGCUACAGAGAAACAUCCACUGCCAUAUCCUUGUUGGUUCAGAUGGUGCCAGAAUUAAUGUGAGAAAACUAGUCGGCAUAGAUAUGAAAGGCGAAAGGGACUUGCAGAAGCUUUUCAGUGUCCAUUUCUUAAGCAGAGAUCUUGGACAAUUCCUAUUGCAUCAGAGGCCUGGAAUGUUAUUCUUUAUAUUUAAUCCAGAAGCUAUAGGGGUUCGUGUUGCGCA